AUGAACUCGAUGUUGAACCACUACCAUACCUUGACCUGUGGAGGGCACGGUGAAGCAAGCAAAACUGUUGCUAAGAUUCUUGUUACGGUUGACUGCGUAACUAAAUGGGUUGAAGUCAUUGUCUCCCCUACCAAUGACCAAAAGGUUGUGACCAAGCUCCUUGAGAAGAUCAUCUUCCCACGGUUUGGAGUGCCUCUAGUAUCAACAAGUGAUGACGGUUCAUACUUCGCCAAGAAGCAACUAGAAGCACUUUUGAAGAAGUACGGGGUAAAUCACAAAGUCGGUCAUCCUUAUCACCUCCAGACCCAAGGCCAAAUUGAAGUCUCAAAUCGAGAAGUAAAGAACGUCAUUGAGAGAGUGGUCAAUAAGACAAGAAAGGAUUGGUCGUUGAAGCUUAAUGAUGCUAUUUGGGCUCUUCGCACGGCUUUCAAGACACCUAUAUGA